GGCGCCCAGUGCGCACCAGCAGCAACCCGGCUCCCGGGCGGCGGAGGUUGGGGCGCAGCCAGCGGGCAGCGGCCACGGCGGCGCCCUUAAAUAGCAUCGGGCGCGGGCGCGGGGCAGGCUGUGGGCUGCAGUGACAGCUGGCGGCGGAGCGGCCCGGCCGGCGGAGGAGAACUCGACCUAGGGAAGCACCAGCCCCACACCAUGCAAGCCAACGAGCUGCUGCGGUAUUUCCGAAUGCCCGACCUGGUGGACUUCCGGCAGUACAUCCGCACUGUCCCAUCGCACACACUCAUGGGCUUCGGGGCCUUCGCAGCGUUCACCACUUUCUGGUACGCCACCAGACCCAAGCCCGUGAAGCCGCCCUGCGACCUCUCCAUGCAGUCAGUGGAGGUGGCGGGAGGCAAAGGCGCACGGCGGUCCGCUCUCCUCUCCAACGAUGAGCCCCUGGUGUACUUCUACGAUGACGUCAGGACGCUGUACGAAGGUUUCCAGAGGGGCAUUCUGGUGUCGAAUAACGGCCCUUGCUUAGGCUCUCGGAAACCAGACAAGCCCUACGAAUGGCUUUCCUACAAAGAGGUCGCAGACUUGUCGGAGUGUGUGGGCUCAGCGCUGCUCCAGAAGGGCUUCAAGGCUUCCUCGGACCAGUUCAUUGGCAUCUUUUCUCAAAACAGACCUGAGUGGGUGAUCAUUGAGCUGGGGUGCUUUGCAUUUUCCAUGGUGCCCGUUCCCCUCUACGAUACCCUUGGCACAGAAGCAAUUACCUACAUAGUCAACAAAGCUGAACUCUCCCUAGUGUUUGUGGACAAGCCAGAGAAGGCCAAGCUCUUAUUAGAAGGUGUAGAAAAUAAGCUGACGCCAGGCCUUAAGACCAUAGUUAUAAUGGAAGAUAGUUCCAGCGAUGUGUUUGAACAAGGCAAGAAGCUUGGGGUGGAAAUGAUGACUUUAAAGGCAUUUCAGGACCUGGGAAGAGCCCACCGCCAGAAGCCCAGGCCCCCAAAGCCUGAAGAUCUGGCCGUGAUUUGUUUUACAAGUGGAACCACAGGCAACCCCAAAGGAGCACUCAUCACCCACCGAAAUAUCAUAAGCGAUUGUUCGGCCUUCGUGAAAGUGACAGAGAAAGUCCUUCCCCUGAAACCCAGUGACACACACAUUUCUUACUUGCCACUUGCACAUAUGUAUGAGCAAAUGAUGCAGUGUGUAAUGCUGUGUCAUGGAGCAAAAAUAGGAUUUUUCCAAGGAGAUAUCAGGCUGCUGAUGGAUGACCUCAAGGUGCUCCAACCCACUGUCUUUCCUGUGGUCCCAAGACUACUGAACCGGAUGUUUGACCGAAUUUUCAGCCAAGCGAACAGCACAGUGAAGCGGUGGAUGUUGGACUUCGCCUCCAAACGGAAGGAGGCCGAGCUUCGCAGUGGCAUCGUUCGGAACAACAGCCUGUGGGAUAAACUCAUCUUCAAAAAAAUCCAGUCAAGCCUGGGAGGAAAAGUCCGGCUGAUGGUCACAGGAGCGGCGCCCGUGUCCGCCACUGUGCUGACCUUCCUUCGAGCGGCCCUCGGUUGCCAGUUCUACGAAGGCUACGGACAGACCGAGUGCACUGCCGGCUGCUGCCUGACCUUGCCCGGAGACUGGACUGCAGGCCACGUCGGUGCCCCCAUGCCUUGCAAUUCCAUAAAGCUGGUUGAUGUGGAAGAAAUGAAUUACAUGGCGGCCAAGGGCGAGGGGGAGGUGUGUAUCAAAGGGCCAAAUGUAUUUCAAGGCUACUUGAAGGACCCAAGCAAAACAGCGGAAGCUCUGGACAAGGACGGCUGGUUGCACACGGGGGACAUUGGGAAAUGGUUACCAAAUGGCACCUUGAAGAUUAUCGACCGGAAAAAGCACAUAUUUAAACUGGCCCAAGGAGAAUAUAUCGCACCUGAGAAGAUCGAGAACAUCUACAUGCGAAGCGAGCCCGUGGCGCAGGUGUUCGUGUAUGGAGAGAGCUUGCAGGCGUUUCUCGUGGGCAUCGUGGUGCCCGACGCUGAGGCGUUAUCUUCCUGGGCCAAGAAGAAGGGAUUCAGUGGAUCCUUCGACGAGCUGUGCAGGAACAAGGAUGUCAGUAAAGCGAUCCUGGACGACAUGGUGAGACUCGGCAAAGAAUCUGGCCUAAAAACAUUUGAACAGGUCAAGGGCAUUGCUCUCCACAAGGAGUUAUUUUCAGUGGAGAAUGGCCUUCUGACUCCAACAAUGAAGGCCAAGAGGCCAGAGCUGCGCAAGUAUUUCCGGUCACAGAUAGACGAACUGUAUGCCACCAUCAGAGUCUAACGGGAAGGGAGCACGCGCCGAAGGAACCAUUACGCCUCCACAGCCUGCGCCGAUGGCCUUCGUGUCGGGAAUAUUGAUGACAGCAAGCUUAGGGAAGGAAAGGUCCGUGUUUGACUUGUCCAUUCAGGGUUCUUGUCAUAGGCAUAUUAGAGGAAACGGAACACUGCCUUAUAAAGUCACCUCGCGUUGCAGACCAUGCUUAUUUAUGAUGAUCCACAAUUUCCCAAAAUGAGCCUUAAAAAUUUGCAAAGGGGGCACCUGUAAACGUGCUAAGUUAUUCAAGACUUCCUCGGUUGAAAAGGCGGGUGCGAAACCUUCUGUCUCCUGUUUUUCUAACCAAGGGGUUAGGACUUGGCUAUUUCUGCAAAGUCUGCUACUUGCUGCAAAGCCUGCUCUCCGUCUGCUGCUCUGAAGAGUACGGCACGUGGGAAAGACACUGCCCCUUCAAACACAGGGACAGCUGUCCCAGCUGGAAACUCUCACAAGAGGACCAGAGAGACCUGGUUGAUCCCCGCCUCCGUCCCUUCCCUUCUCCCCCACACACGGCCCUGCCUACCAAGGGCUCUGGAUCCCACGCGCUUCUCCACACCCCGAACCCGCUGUGAUUCCUCUGGGAAUGUCCCAGAAUGGCACAGGACAGACCCACUUCAGAGCAGAGACCGACUGGGGCCACUUGCUCAGAAGAGAUGGCCCCCAGACCCUCCUUCCAGCCAGACCCCUCCUCUGUCUCUUCCCAGAAGUUGUUCCAAAAAAAUACAAAUCUGCCUUCAACUCUACCGGGGACACAAGCAUUUCAAGGUAGAAUGCCCUGGAUCGACCACACUUAACUGUGGUGCCGAACAGCCGUCCGUUUUACCUUCGCGGAACCAACCACUCUGUCUGUAAUGGCCAACGGAUUCUCAAAACUCAAAGGUUUUCAGCUCAAAAGAUCAUGUAGUUCACUGGCCUUUUAUUCCCCCAGAAUAAAGUCUCAGGCAAGACUUGUCUUUAAAGCUAGGAAGGGGGUAGACAAACUUGGGUACUUAUUGAAAUGGACAGUAAUAAACAAAUGCUCUUAAAACGCUACCUGAAUUCUAUGAAAUGUAUUUGACAAGCCAAAAUUCUAGGAGGUAGAAAUCUGGAGAACUCAUUUCCUGGGAUGAACAUCUCAAGGGAUUUUUUUUUUAAGUUGAUUUGGGAAAUUAGCAGCAUUUCACUUUACUGCGAAUCUUUGCCACGCGUGAUUGUCGUUUAUACCUUUAAAGCAGUUGUUUGGAGGUGUGUGACAGUACCCGUAUUACACAAGCACAACUGGGUUUGCACUAAAGAAUUGUCAUUGUAAUAACACUAUUUGGUAGCCUAACUUCAUGUGUGUGUUCUUAAUUGCACAAAAAGUCAAUCAUUUGUCACAUUGGGGUUUUGAAUGUUUGCUUUAAGUGUUGGCUAUUUCUAUGUUUUAUAAACCAAAACAGAAUUUCCAAAAACAAUGAAGGAAACCAAAAUAAAUAUUUCUGCAUUUCAAAUGA